AUGGAGCCAGAGAAAGAGAAAGAGGGCGGAUUCAAGCGGAGCUCCUUGCAUCAAGGAGCAUAUAGCCGCCCCAUAGAACGACGACCCAGCAAAAAGUCAUCCUCGAGGGAUCGACACGGCAUAGUCUAUCCCGAUAGCUUUCGAGAAGCCAGCAUUCGAACCGUCACGCCCGAAGCGCCGAGCUCCGAUCCGGGCAACCAUUCCCCCAAAUCCGACGCGGAGUUCUUCAUGGGCAGCGGUGCACCUUCACCACGCAGCACGAUCCGGUCGAGGGCCGUCAAUAACUACUAUAACAUGCAGAGCGAAGAGGAUACCCCGGGAACAGGCAAGAGCCAGCGCGCUCGGUCGCGAACGACCACUUUGGAGGAGCAACGAAGCGACAUCUCUCCCCACGCGUUCAAACCCCGGGCGCGAAUCGGAUCGGUCAAUACGGCCAGCUCUUCUCAGCCCAAAGCGCCGGAGGAUUCAUCCAUCGGCUUCCCCUCGAUACAAGCGUCAAGCUACGAAACUGCCAUGCGGCAGCGACUGAGCAGACCUCCCAUGACCGGCGUCGCACACAAUCACGCUGCCUUCUCCUCCCCCCUCUCAAGUGCCGAUGCCGCGAAAAUCCUCCAACUCAUGAAGACCACGUGUGGAAGGAUGCAUGGGAUCCUCUCCUUUCGGAUAGCCUCGACGAGCUCCUGGACUUCUGGAUACUGUGCCAUCAACGUCGCUACCGGAAGCUUGAUCUAUCAGGCAAAGGGGGAACCAGCUUUGGCCAAAACACUAAUUCCCGACCUUCGGGGUUGCAAGGUGCGAACAUUAUUUGACCCCGAACUUCAGACCACCUACCUGAGCGUCCACACCUUCACUUCGGGACUCGGAAUUCAACUACGACCCCAUAUCAAUGAGACUUUCGACUCCUGGCUUGCUGCUCUACUUUGCUGGCAACCCAUCCGACCCAAGGGUGUUCAGAACAAGAUGACCAAGCCCCAAGCGGUCCACAUCGGGGACCGUCGAGUGCCCGAGCGUCGUAACUCGGAGAGCUCUGUGACCAAGGAGGCGGCCAUCAUCAAAGUCGGUAAGAUGCUCCUGUGGGACAAACCUUCCGCCUCCGGAGCUCGACCGGCAUCUUUGCGGCGCGUGUCCACCUAUCGGCAGCAAAGAGCACUUUCCCAGUCAUGGCAGAAGGUCAGCUGCACGCUGCAAGAGAAUGGUUAUUUCAAGCUGUACACGGAGUCAGAUGUCUCUCUUGUGGCAUGCAUUCAGCUGUCGCAAUUAUCGCGCUGUUCCAUCCAGCAGCUGGAUGCGUCGGUCCUCGAUGAUGAAUUCUGCAUUUCGAUCCAUCCUCAAUACGCUGCCCAUCCCGUGUCCGAUUCAUCAAUGCGCCCGAUAUACCUCGCUCUAGAGAGUCGUGUCCUGUUCGAGGUCUGGUUUGUGCUUCUGCGUGCGUUCACGAUCCCCGAGCUCUAUGGACCAGAAUCCCCGGCCUCAGUCGAGGAGGAUCCGGAAAAGACACCAGAAGCCGAGACUUCCGAAAAGCCUCCAUCUGCAGAUAUGUUCCGAAUCGAGAGGACACUUACCUUACGACUUACGGAAGCGAAAUUGUUUCGGUCUCAAGAGGAUGACCCUCCCCGGAGUCGGAAGCAGUCGCGAUCUCACAGCCACCCCCCUCCAGCCUCGGUGAUCAACGACUAUUAUACAGAGGUUCUUCUCGAUGGAGAAAUUAGAGCCAAAACUGCUGUCAAAUAUCGCACAAUGAACCCCUUCUGGCGGGAAGAUUUUCUAUUCAAUGAUCUGCCACCCGUGUUAUCCCAGGCUUCGAUUUUGGUCAAGACCCUCAACCCAACACAGAAAGACUGGAAUCUCAUCGCACAUGGCUCCUACUCAUCCAGUCAGGAAGUUAACGCGGUACGCUUGGAUGACAUUGAGAUUUCUACCAACGACACCACAUAUGGAAGGGUCGACCUACGACUGGAGGACUUGGAAGCCGGCGUGGACACCGAGAAGUGGUGGCCGAUUCUGGAUGACCAUGACCAGGCCGUGGGAGAAAUGUUCAUGAAGGCCCGGGUUGAGGAGACGGUUGUUCUAAUGUCCAGCGAAUACGCCCCGAUGUCCGAGUUGCUGCAUGCUUUCACGAACGGUCUCACCAUCAACAUGGCGCAGAUGAUGUCACAGGAGCUCAACCAGCUAUCCGAGAUGCUCUUGAACAUCUUCCAGGUUUCCGGACAGACAGUGGAAUGGAUCUCGGCAUUGAUCGAAGACGAGAUUGAUGGUGUUCAGAAGGAAUCCACCGCCAGCCGACUGAGGUAUACGACAAGAAUACACUCCAACGACUCUCGGGAAGGCAGCUCGGACCGCGAGGUCCUGGUGAGAGAUAUGGGGAGAACGGCCACCGUUGAGGCCAAUCUUCUUUUUCGCGGAAAUUCGCUUCUAACCAAGGCACUGGAUCUGCACAUGCGGCGACUGGGCAAGGAGUAUCUGGAAGAGACGAUUGGAGAGCGACUGCGCGAUAUUGACGAAAGUGACCCGGAGUGUGAAGUCGACCCGGCCCGCGUGCCUCGCAGCGAGGAUCUUGACCGCAACUGGCGAAACCUGAUAGCUCUCACCACAAGCGUUUGGAAAUCCAUCGCCGCAUCUACAUCUCGGUGUCCUCCGGAGCUGAGACUCAUUUUCCGACAUGUGAGGGCAUGCGCAGAUGAUCGUUACGGUGACUUCCUGCGAACGGUCACUUACAGCAGCGUUUCUGGUUUCCUCUUUCUACGGUUCUUCUGCCCGGCUAUUCUCAACCCAAAACUUUUCGGGCUUCUCAAAGAUCAUCCCCGUCCUCGUGCUCAACGUUCCCUUACCCUAGUUGCUAAGGCCUUGCAGGGAUUGGCCAAUAUGACCACAUUCGGCAAUAAAGAACCGUGGAUGGAGCCCAUGAAUAAAUUUCUGGCUGGCAGUCGCUCCGAGUUCAAGCAAUUCGUCGAUCAGAUCUGCGCCAUUCCCGCAGACAGGCCAACUCCCAUGGUCACGCCGUCCUACACCACUCCCGUUCAGAUCCUGGGACGAUUGCCGCCCACCUCUCGCGAAGGGUUCCCCAGCCUUCCAUUCCUGAUCGACCAUGCCCGAAGCUUCGCAAACUUGAUCCGUGUCUGGCUUGACGUGGUCCCAAGCAGGAACCCUAAUCUCGAAGAGGUGGAUUCCGCCCUUCACAAGUUCCACGAAAUGGCCAUGGAGCUACACCAACGCACGAAGGAGUGUCUGAGCCACGCCGAGCAAGCAGAGCGGCCAACCGGAAACCUCGAGAUCAAGUGGGAAGAGCUCGUGGAUUCCAUGGAGCGCGCAGCCACAUUUUACGAUGAAUCAAACAGCAAGCCAGCCACCCCACCCGCAGAAGUCGCAGUCGCCGGAUCAGUUGUUUCCGGGUCGGCCUCUAUAUCGGGAAGUGGUCACCGCAACUCAACCGGCUACUUUGCUACUCGGCCUGCAAUGCCCCGUCGAUCAACCGAUUACGCAGAAGAGGACACACCCCCAAGCUCAUCGUCCGCAAACUGGGACCAGAACCGUAUGCCCUUCGCCAUCCCGCGACUCGAUGCGCGCGAUUCCACAGGCAGCUCGAAGAAUUCAUCGACGUACUCCCUCGAGUAUCAUGAGGGCUCCAAGCACCGCAGAUCCAGCGUGACGAAGGAGACGUCGUCAGCCAAGCAUCGCUUCUUCGACUUUGUGCCUGCCCCGUCGAGACGCAAGGCAAAGGAGCGAGAUCAGUCUCAGCAUUCCCAUGAGGAUCUGCGCAAUGAAUUCUGA